AUGGAGUUGCUAAGUGAGUGCAAGGCAAGUGAGAUAUUUGAAGGACAAGUUGUUGUCUACAAACACCUUUAUGCAUACCUAGAUUCCAUGUGUCUCAAAUGGUGUCUGGACCUCAACAUAGCAGACAUAAUCCACAACCAUGGCCAACCCAUUACCCUUCAUCACUUGGCCUCAACAUUGCAAGUUCCGCCGUCCAAAAUCAACGGCGUUCGCCGCUUCAUGCGCCACCUUGCUCACAACGGAUUCUUCCACAUAACAAGGCUACUCCAUGAUGAUAAUGAAGAAAAGGAAGCAUAUGCUCUCACUAUUGCUUCAAAGCUUCUUCUCAAAGGAACUCAACAUUGUUUAGCUCCAAUGUCAAACUGUGUUCUUGAUCCCACUUUGUCAGGUGCUUACCAUUUCCUUGGAAAAUGGACUCUUGAAGAAAAUCUUACUUUAUUUGAAAUUUCCCUUGGAACAAAUCUUUGGGACUUUUUUAGCAAAAACCCUUCAUAUUUGAGUUUCUUCAAUGAGUCAAUGGCUAGUGACUCUCAAAUGGUGAAGUUGGCAUUGAAAGAUCAUAGUGCUGUCUUUGAAGGGUUGGAAUCCAUUGUAGAUGUUGGUGGUGGAAAUGGAACCGUAUCUAAGAUUAUCAAUGACAUGUUUCCCAAAUUCAAUUGCAUAGUGUUUGACCUUCCACAUGUUGUGGAGAAUUUUACAGGAAGCAACAAUUUGAGCUUUGUUGGUGGAGACAUGUUUAUUUCUAUUCCUCGUGCUCAUGCUAUUCUCACUACAAGAAAAUAGAGUUAUUUUGACACUU